ACAUUGUCAGUUCACAGCUGUCAUACUGUCAGUUGACAAAAAUGGCUCGACGGACGUGGCAUAUGUUUACAUUGAUAACGAUAAUAUUUACGAUUUUAUCACUCGCAGGCGACGUUUUCUCGUCAACAGCGGCACCAUGGUACGAAAAUCUACCCGCUGUGACUAUGGAUUACAAAGUCCACAUCGACGCUGGCAAAGAGGACUGCUACUUUCAAUAUGUGCAGCCGGGUGCUACAUUUUACGCUAGCUAUCAAGUGUUGAAAGGUGGCGAUGGUAUGUGUGGGUUUGCGGUGCGGCACCCCAACGGCCAGAUCGUUCACCCGUACGAGUGGCGGCAAAGCGCGGAGUACGCGGACCAAACUAGUUCUGGCGGCUACUACGCAGUGUGUAUCGACAACCAGUUCUCGAGAUUCGCGGGAAAACUAGUCAAUUUGUACUUGUCAGUAAUAAGAUAUGAUAUGUGGGAGAAAUAUGCGAAGGAGGUGGAGGAGCUUGACAUGAAUAUCAAAAAUUUCACAACCUCAAUUCAAUUUGUGGAGAGGAAUAUAAAUGACAUACUACAAUACCAGUACCACUCAAGGGCGAGAGAGUCACGAGACUAUAAUUUGCUCGUUGAUAACAAUACAUAUGUGCUCCGAUGGUCCAUGAUACAAAUUCUAGCCAUCACUGCAACGGGUACAUUGCAAGUCUUUUUCCUUAGAAAGCUCUUUGAGGUCAAGGACAACUCAUCCAAGACAAGAAUAUAAAGAGAAAUAUUAUUUGUUAACAAACCAUUCCUUGUUGAUCUUCUUCUAUUAUUUCUGAUCUCUAUAUAACUUUUAUUCUUGUUUCGCGCGCAUUUAGCUUUUAAAGUACAAUUCCAUUUGCUGUUGUAAUUUUAUCGUUAUAAUUUAACUACAUAUUUUAAGGCUGGAACUAUUAGCAAGCAUUUUUAUUUCUAGUUAGUUUGUAUGUAAUAAAUAAAAUAAUUUAUUUAACACAAAUUUGAGAAAAGACAUUUUCAAUAUAUUUUUAGAAAGUAUUUAUCUAUGGAGUAUCUUUUUUAUUUUUUUACUGAUUUUAAUUAUAAGAUGAGAGGGACGUUCAUAAUGUUAUGAUAAGAAUAAAUGAUUAAACACAAUGUUAUAAAUCCAAUUUUAUGUCAACGAUAGUUGUGUAAUUACUUAAUGUUAUGAAUUAAAUAUUUUCAUUGAA